AUGGCAGGCACCGAUGGCGAUCCCUUCGACUGGGAUGUCGACAAAGUGGUACAUGAGCUUUGCAUCGCCGACAAGCGCCCCUGGCUGCCCCGGCAGGCCAGCAAAAGACCCGAUCCCCAAACUCUUUCCAACGCCCUGAGAGAGAACGAGAUCGACGGAGAGACCCUGCUGACAUACGAGGAUGUCAUGUCAUCCACGAAAGGCCUCCUUGAGACCCUGGGUCUCACCAAACCAGCACACCAGAUGACUCUGGUUAAGGCCAUUACUUACCUCAAGUCUAAGAGCGCCGGCUACCGACAGCAAAAACUUGAGUCAGCGGGUCAAGAGCUUGAGUCUCAGAACAGCUCUCAGGAAGCGCCCUUCGACAAUAUCCAACAAACUCCUCUACAGCAAGGGUCUAGCCCACCACGGUCCUCAAGUGAUCUACCUCGUUGUGAAGAAUCCGUCGCAGAGCAGCUCGGCGGUUUGGCAAGUACGAAGGCGAACGGCGACCCCGAUGAACCGCCUCAGAAAAGGCGGAGAUUAGCGCCUGUCUUGAUCUCCACGGAUGUCGCUGGGCUUGGCGUCGCAAGCUUUCCCCACGCGGCGACAGGCGUUACACACUCGAAACCGGAUUGGUUGGAUACCACAUCCAACGCCUACUUUGGCACUCAGGCUUUGAUUACCGCUGACCUGGUCCCCAAGUCCAACUUCGUCGUCAGCGAAGACAGUACGCUCACACAGAGUGAGAUCAAUGGCUUGGCUCCGGCGGGAGAGCAUGUCCUCGACCUAGCUACUCGUGGCAAGGUACCUGCGGGAAAACGUCGUCAGAUACACCGGGCUAUGUCACGACUGUUUCGUAAAAAUAACGAAUCUCUGAACAGUCUCAACAGUGGCUUUCACCCCCAAGUCGAACCCUCGGACGAAGGAGACGAGAUUCUGCCAGCUUUUGGCGAGUCAGACGACGAGGAAUACGAUUCCGACACCAUGAGAGAAAUGGAAGAAGAGGCGGAGGAAAUCAGACAAGAGAAAGCCCGGAAAUUCCACUUGCUUUCUGGUGACGAUGUCGACCGCGUGAUGCAAGAAGAAAUACUGCGCAUGGAAGAAUCUUGGGAGGAGAGAAAGCUUCCCUUGAAGCAAAGACAUGCAAAGGCGCUAUGGAAUCGAGCACGCCGGCAGGGUCUCAAGCGGGCUAUGGCGCAGGCCCACGCACGACUGGCGGGGUUUACCAACCGCAUUGAGAAGCUCUGCCUCGAGAUGCGACGGAACGAGUGGCACGACGAGGAUGAGCUGAAGAAGCAGAUGCGCUGUCUCGAGGCCAGCGUUGAAGAUCGGAAGAAAGAUAGAUGGUUCCUCGACAUUUUGCAGGGCCCCGAGCCUCCUGGACCAGAGUCAUUGCCAAGGCUUCUGUUGCCGACUGCUCAACGCGAGGUUCUGUCCGAUGAGAACGGUGAGGUCAUCACAAGCGACGACGACGAUGGCUUCGUCAUCGACGAUAUGAGAGGCACUGCGUUCACUUCCGAGCCGGUUGAGACUCGGCCUGGUACCCCCAUGGACUUAGACAACCCGGAACAGACGGCAGAGAUUGAUCAAAGUCCCUUAGCGCUGCGACAAGAAUCAAUGGCCAAGACCUCUGUAGAUCCCGGAGGUCAUCAGGUUAUCGAUCUAACAUUUUCCGAAUCCGAAGCAGCAGCAGCACCCCAGAAAGUUCACAUCAGCCUGAUUACUCCAACUAAGCCGAGGGAUGUUCGUCCGAGCACGGAGAUGGAUGUCGAUGAGCCGCAAACUUACCCUGACGAGGAUCUUGAAAUCCCGAUCGAUCGACCAGCGGAAAUUGCAGCUACUCCACCGGAAGUCUGGAAGGAUCAUAAAGACCGCGAACGACUCUUGAUCUGCGUCUUGUGGAGAGUCCAGAGGAAGAAGUUGCAGAAGGACGUAUUCUCAAUCUUCCUGAGACUGACCUCCAGCUCAGUCUGGGAAGAUAUCAUUUUACCGGCAUUGUCAGACGACGAGGGCCGAGAGUUCUUUGGUGACGUGUGCAACUUGGCAGCGCGGCUAUUCAGAGUUUUCGCCCUCUGCAGAGUUCAAACUUCUGGAUCUAGCAUUACGAAAGGGAUCACUGGCACCAAGGCGAAGAAACUUCGGGCGCAAGCGGCACUUUUCGAGCCUUUUUAUGACUUUAUGAGAGAGAUUGAACCUUACUUCGUUGAUCAAAACGAGACAGAUGCCGACUUAGAAGACUCGGAAAGACUUUCAGGUGACGACAUUGAAGAUUCUCCGUCUAAGAGACGAAUGAAACCCGUUGUACUCGAUCAAACUGCAAAAGAUCUUCGAGAGACCGACCAGCAACGUUUGCAAGAGCAGGAGAAGCGACGGAUCGAGCUACGUAAGAAGCUGGCCGCGUCCGCCAUUAUUCCCAGCGACAAAUCACGGUUAAUCAUCAACGAAUCCAAGCAGGAUGAUCAAGGCUUGAUCUACAUAAACGAGGACAUCGGCCGGCGAAUCAAAGCCCAUCAAAUUCAGGGCGUCCGCUUCAUGUGGAACCAGAUUAUCUGUGAUCCCAAAGUACGACAGGGAUGUCUCCUGGCUCACACCAUGGGCCUCGGCAAGACUAUGCAAGUCAUCACUUUGCUUGUCGCAAUCGCCGAGUCUGCACAGUCUCCCGACGGAUCCAUCAACUCUCAGAUACCGAAUGACCUGAGACAAUCGAAGACCUUGGUGCUGUGCCCGUCCCUGUUGGUCGAUAAUUGGUUGGAUGAGAUGCUGAUGUGGGCUCCCGAAGGCCUUCUCGGGCCCUACUUCAAACUCGAAUCUGCUACCAAACAGAACGAACGCAUGCCCAUCAUUCGUCGAUGGGACGACGAGGGUGGCGUCAUGAUCAUUGGGUAUGACAUGUUCAAGCGGUUGGUCGACGAACCUGGUGAAGAACUGCCGAAGGAAAAUGAUGGCAAAACGGCCUGGAAUAUUCUGACGCAAAGCCCGAACCUGGUCGUAGCCGAUGAGGCCCAUAAGUUGAAGAAUCCUGACUCCAAGAUUGGCUUGGCUGCUUCACAGUUCAGGACUCAGAGCCGAAUUGCGCUUACCGGCUCUCCCCUUGCGAACAGCGUCGAGGAAUACUACUACAUGAUUGACUGGGUAGCACCUCGAUACCUUGGGCCUCCUUCCGAAUUCCGAGAUCUUUACACCAGGACAAUUCAGGAAGGCCUCUACGAAGACAGUACCCGCAGUCAAUUUCGCAUGGCCAAGAAGCAGCUUGCUGUCCUGGAGAAGACAGUGGCCCCAAAGGCACAUCGAGCUACCAUCAAAAGCCUGUCGAAGAAUGACCUUCCGCAGAAGACAGAAUUCAUCCUGACUGUCCCGGUCACGGACCUACAAGCUCGGCUUUACGACGCAUACCUUCAGUCUGCGAGGGGCGACGCGGACCAACAGGUUUCGUCUAGGAUCCUAGGAAUCGUCAGUAAUCUAGGCCUUAUCGUCAACCAUCCUAGAUGUUGGCAGAACAAGCUUGCACAGGAACGCCGUCUAGACACCAGCAAAAACCCAAGCAACCGCUCAGCUAACCUAGCGUUAUCUCCCGCGGUGGUUAGUAGCGGACUCAAGAUGAUGAACCGUCCGAAAGUCGACAUUCAAUCUGCGGUUUUAUCAUGGAAAACGCGUCUCCUCGUCGCCAUUCUUGCCGAAAGCGAAAAGGUGAAGGACAAGGUUCUUGUUUUUACAUCAUCAAUUCCGACAAUGGACUACUUGGAGAACCUUCUGCGCCAACAAAAGCGCAAGGUGGCGCGUUUGGAUGGUUCUACGCCAAUCAACUUGAGGCAGCAACAUAUCAAAAACUUCAAUUCUGGCGACACUCAAGUUUACCUCAUUUCAACGACCGCCGGAGGAAUUGGACUCAAUAUCUAUGGUGCCAAUCGCGUUGUCCUCUUCGACUUCAAGUAUAAUCCUGUCAACGAACAGCAGGCAGUCGGCCGAGCUUACCGGAUCGGCCAGCAGAAGCCGGUUUUCGUCUACAAGCUUCUGUCUGGAGGCACAUUUGAGUCUGCAAUGCAGAAUAGAUACGUUUUCAAAACUCAGCUAGCUUCUCGCGUUGUGGAUAAGGAGAAUCCAAAGCGGUGGUCGAAAAAGGACAAUGAAUAUCUAAAGGACCGCGAAACGCCGCCGCGUCAGGACUUGACUCAUCACAUGGGCAAGGACAGCGUCCUGGACAGUUUGCUGAGCAAUCCGGAACUCUCACAGGGUAUCUGUGACAUUGAGACUACGGAUACCUUUGAGGAGCAUGACCCAGACGAUGUUCUGACAGCUGAGGACAGGAAAGACGUGGAAGACCAAGUUCGUAUGCAUUCUCUUCGCAUUACUGACCCUGAGGAGUACAGGAGACUGGAACAAGAGAGACUGAGCCGCACAAUGCCAUCUGUGGCCGGUCAAGCCAUACCUCAGACUCCGAUCCCCCAUCCAGGGCUGCCUCGAAGCACCAUUACCGCUGCUUCAUUGGGAAGCCAAACCCCGAUCAAUGCACCAAGCGUCCCGCAAGUUCUCGUCAGCCACCAACAGAGCCCAGCAGCCGCUGGAGGGCCAAGUACAGGUUCACGAGGUGCUCUACCGAUGCCCAUAGCUGGUGCUAACACUCACUUCGGAACUCAUCCUGAGAACAUCGCGGUGCUGGACGGACAAAAUGCAUCUGCUGCCGCUAUAGAGAGUCCCAAGCCGCAGGCCAAGAAGGCGCCUAAGAAACGCCCAUCUUUGAUCAACUGGCCUUACCAAUUCGAGCAAAAGAUCAUGGAGGCGUCCCAAAAGAUUAAAGAUACCGAGUUGCUCGUCCGGAUCACAGAAAACCCCAAGGAUAUUGCAAAACGGGUCGCACACUCUACGUGGAAAAUCAGGGAGGACAAGAAAUUUGGCGAGUGGCCCAACCAAUCUCACAUGAAGGCACUCUGCCGCCUCAUGGAGAGUCCGAGGUUCGCAGCGGCAAUCCUCUUAGGACACUUUACUCCAGCUGAGCUGGCCCUCGCGCCGUCCGUCGAGGCUUUGGAAGAUAUGGAAAAGGCGUUGGCGCAGCUCGGAGACCGGGAGUUUCGCGAACGGUUGAAAUUGGGCACCGACCAGCCCGAGGAGCACAACGUAUGA